CCCGAAAAGCUUAUCCAUCUCCUUCUCCUUCUUCCUCGAAAGCUUCCCAAGCUCUUCUCCCAUGGCCGCUCAGCUCCGCUCCCUCUGCAACUCCACUCCCCUUCUCUCGCCGCCCCGGUCACUCCAUCGCCCUCACCGCAGCCGCCGUCUCCUCACCCUCAAAUGCACCUCCGAUGAUUCCGCCCCGCCGGACUUCCCCUCCCCUUCCCCGACCUCCGACGCCACCAUCGCCCCCGACAAGUUCCCCAUCGAGCGGCGGCGCCGCUCCGAGAUCGUCCGCGACCGCCGGCCCCGCCCCUCCCUGUCCCGGCCGGAGCCGCCGAACAUGGAGGUCGGGUGGAGGCGGACGAAGGUGAUCGACACGUCGAGGCCCAAGGGCCACGCGAUCGCGGACUUCCUGGAGAAGCUGGAGGGGCUGAUGGGGCGGGAGUUCGGGUCGGCGGACCUGCUGGCGAAGGCCGGGGAGAUGGUGGCGGGGAGGGCGAGGGAGGAGGCGGAGGCGCUGCGGGAGGGAGGGGAGGUGGAGGAGAGGGUGGUGACGGAGCUGUUCAGGGUGCUGCGGCUGAUGGAGAUGGACCUGGCCAUGGUGAGGGCGGCGGUGAAGGAGGAGACGCUGGCGGAGAGGGUGGAGCAGGCGAGGGCCCGGUGCCGGCAAGCCAUCCUCGUCGCCAAUUCCUUCUGACCAAUGCCCGGUUGAAAUCCGAACGACGAGGAUAUGAAGUUUUCGACAGGAGCUGAAACCACACUCGGACAAUUCAUGUUUAAAAAGAAUGCGAAUUUAAGGUUCGUGUUUUGUCAAUAUGUAUUAUAUAACAUAGCGGAUUUCAGACGGUUCAUAUGUUUAAAUAGAUUAUCUUUCUCCCGUUUCUUUCAAGAGAUUUUACAUAGAGACGUCACAUUAGCCCGAAUCAUCCCCGCAUGCGCAAAUCAAAUCGCGAUACACGGUGUUUUCCGAUGAGCCAACUCGACACUUCGAGGUAGUCAACUCAACAGUCACUCGUACGAUCAAGUUUAAUUAAAGGAUUAUCGGUGGAUUAUUUUUGAAAGUAUAGGUAUCGUGGUGAAUUUUAGCCCGGAAUAGAAAGACCACUGGCGACAUUAUUCGUAAUAUAUACGAUCCAUCAUUUCUUUUUUUGUUA